GGAAUUCGGAUGGUUUAACCAUGGUUUGCCUCCUUGCUGGGUUUUUGCUUGUGAUUUUAUUUUUAGUUUGGUGAAGUAACCAAGACCAACUUUCGAGGGAUAUAUCUCAAUGUCAACCUCUCUUACUAUAUUGUAACAAGGUUUCAGAAGAUCUUCUCUUUCCCGCUAGGCCAAGGUGGUUGUCGGCCUCAUCCUUGGCCGAAGGGAGAUGUGCAAAUGACGUGGCCUUUGACACCAGCGGCUGGAGGAGCUUCUUGUGUGGGUUCUCUGAGUUGUUGUUGCUUCCUUGGCCUUUGUCGCGCGAUUGGAGUAGUCGGGGAGCGCCAGAGUUGGGGGGAGACGGAGGGUAGAGGUGGGUCUGGGAUGAGGCUCUUGGUGGAAGUUAGAGGUCCAAUUCGACUUCUUGGGUGUGGUUCUACGGAGUGGCUGGUUCUGUGAGUGGUGGAUGGGGUUUAGGCAUGCCUCCGUCAUGCUGGUUUGUGGGGGUGUCGAUGCCAGUGGUGGGGUGAGUCUCUGACCUCUACCUUCGUGAGUAGUGGGCGUGGAAUGGGUUCUCUUUGGCUCAUGGUAGUUGUGGUCCUUUCGAAUUCUUCUACAGGAUUGGGUGGGGGUGGUGGUGAUUCAAGACUUAUGCUUUUGUGCUUCUCCAUCAGCUUUGUGUUGUCUAUGUUUUGUUCUGGUUUUUUAUUUCUGUUUGAUAUGUUUUUUUCCUGUAAUAAUGGUGUCUAGCACCAUGUCUUUUGGAUUGUUGGCCUGUGCCUUUUGUUUGGUAUGUUCCUAACUUUGCAUCCACUUGUGAAGUGUCGUCAAGAUGGAUUAGAGCAUCGUUGCUUAUUUGUAAGAUUUUCAAAAGGUGAGCUUCUGUUCUUUGUGGUUUGUGGCUAGGUUCAUGAUACUAAUCUAUUUUCUAUGUCGUUCUUUGUCAGGGAGACUUUGUUCUUAGGUUGUGUUGAUGCAACAAUUUUUUCUUUCUAAAUCGGGUGGUACUUGUUGUCAAACUCUAGUUCUCUGAUCUCUUUCCGGCAAUGAAGAUGGCUCCGAUGAUUGUCGAACCGUCUGGGAGUACUUGCAAGAAAGACACUCCAAUGCUUGAGUCAGAUUCUCAUGCUUUCUCUAAAUGAGGUCAUGAUAUUUAUAGGGUCAAAAAUGAAUACUAAGAAGUUAGUCGGUUAAGUCUACUUCCUGAUUGGUUGAAGGAAUAACUGAAUUUCCCGCCAAAACACUUUAAGAUCUUUUAGGUAUGCAGAGGACAAAGGCAAGGCCCGCCUCUAAUCCGCGGCCUCUGAUUCUAGCUCCUCUUCCUGGGCUAAAACACUUCGUUUCAACUUACCCGAAACAACAAAACAUUUGGGCCGAAUAUUUUGAGCCCAACAGAUGCCCCUCGGCCCGAGUUUUGAAUGUGGUAUGUUCGUCAGACCGUUCGAAUCUUGGGCAGACUCUUCGUCUUCAAAAUUUUCUCCCAACACCGUCGCUUCCCUUCAAUCAAGGAUCACUGCGUGCACACAAUCAUAGUGAAUCCUGACAAAUGUCAUAUCGAAUUUAUUGAGAACACAAUUACCGAGCAUUACACUUAAUUGCGGUAUUUCCUUUUUCAUUUUGCUGUUCCAAAUCAUUGCAUUCCAUUCUCAAGUCAGCUACCUCUCAUUUCGAUUUCUUCAGAGAAAGACAGAGAAAAAACCCUAAGUUCAUUCGCCCUUUCUAUCCUGUAGAUAAUCAAUCACUCGAAUUUCUGCAACUAUGGUUCCACGUUCGUCUCCCGAACCUGUAGACUGCGAAGGAUACAAAGCUGCACUCGACCACAUAUGCAAGUUGUUUGAUAUCCCAGAUAAUGUCACACUCUGAAUGCUCACGGAUUUUGAAUUAAAAGAAUGGUGGUUUAAGGAUGUGGUCAAGCUUGGUGAGAUCGUCAUGAGUCUGAGUCACAUUGAGUGGCUUCGGUUUCCUCUUCCUGCUCUGCUGGUCCAAACAAUUUCAAACUCCGGGGCUCACAUUUCUCAGUUCCUUCCAAACGCCAUUCAAUCCAUAGUUGGGGCCCAGAUGAUUGGAGCUCUUAGGAACAUCGACAUCCAAUCGAAUGACAUUUACGCAUGCUUUACCAAGUCGACCAGCAAGGCAAUAGAGGGCAAGCCCUGGAAGGCCUUCUAUCUUUCCCCUAAGAAAGACCGAACAAUUUUCACUGAUUUCGACAGUUCCCACAGGAAUUUGGAUAAGUACUUCUUCGCUGUCGGAGGUGCAUGGUACCUCGAGUUUUCGCCCCAAUAAACUUUCCCACUCGCUAGAGUUUUCAUAAGAGGUGCGUCUCGUCUUUAUUGCAUUCUUCUUCUUUUUAUGUGUAUAUUUUUUUUGUUUUACAUGAUUGACUAUUCACGCGGUCCUCCGUGUUUCACUUUUGGCCUCAAGUCAGCAUGAACCCUCAGAGGUAGAGCCUGUUGAUAGAGAAGGGACUCCUCCACGAGUCUAAAGAGAAUGCCAUUAGCAUCAGAGGGGUCAUGAAUCCCUACUGUAUGCAAAUUGUGACUCACCUCUGCUUCCAGGACCGAAUUGAUUUAGGGGCCAUGCGAGUCAGAAUGCAAAAGGGCAACAUGUCCCUUGCCAAAGUUACGACUGUAUGUACGAGGCAGUUGGGAGCGUUCUUAAAAAGAUCUCUCCCUGCCUCCUCAACUCUGAAAUUAUCAAGGAUUGAGUACGAAAGGGCAUGCUCUAAAACAUUUGCAGCAUGCGCCAAGCGUCUGGGGGCUGCUGAGAGUAAAAAGAAAGAUGGCUCUGAGCCACCCCACGUUGUAGAGACUUCCCCAGACAAAUCUUCUUCGGCUCGCAGAUCCUCUCGAAUACACAGGCGAUCCUCUAUGCCCUCUGUUGCUCUGCAAAUCCAACCUCUUCAACAGGUGCCUCUGUCAAAGGAUGCCCUGGGGAAAAGGAAGUCUCGGGAAGAGUCCUCUGAUGAGGAUUCAGACGAUGGGAAAUUGAUUUCGUCCAAGCUUCGUAUUCCGAGGGAGUCUGAUUUUGCUACUAGAGGCUCUUCUUUGACAAUUCCUAAGCUUACGCCUGGGAAAUUUCCACUUGGGCAGGCUCUGACUCUACUUAAAACGCCCCUGGGGUCCGCCCUCGCUACUCCUCAAGAUAAGCCAUCCCCUUCUUCCUCCGUACUAGGAUCCUCUUUGGGAGAGGCUUUAAAAAAUGACUUGCCCCCAGUGGCUCUGUCCUCUGCAACAUUCAAGUCGCCAGAGAUGAUAGCUCUCACACGGGCGCUUGAUGAUACGCUAGUGGGGGCAAGAUCUCCUAAUGCCUUUCCUGGCUCUGUAGGGGUGGUGACUUCUGUUUCUGCCUCGACUGGAGGAUCUGACACCUGCCCUACUAUCAGGCAUGGAUCAGAGGGGAAACGUCCCGCCUCUGCCUCCCGUAAGAACCAUUUUUUAGAGGAUGCUUUCGGGGGUGACUCGAAAAUCACAGGCAGCCAUUCACAUCCAAUAGAUGCGAGCCAAGAAAUCACCUCGGAAACUGCUCUUGUUCCUCAGAGAUCAGAAGCUACUAAGGCCACAGGAGGCCAUAGCUCGGGUGCCGAUGCUUGCCUCGCUUCUGCAGCGGUAGGGACAUCCUCGGGGGAGGUCAUUAUCGUGUCCCCAGAGACGAUGAACAAUUUUGACUCACCCAACACCUUCCUAGAGCAGUUGACAUCCUCUGCAAUGCGGACGCUAGUGUUUUUUCCGAGUGAACUAGGUGAGGAUGUUGGCGAAGGGUUGUUUGCUCGUCCUUCCAUGCCACAGCUCCCCGAGAUGGGAAUAACUGCGUUGGCGUCUGAUAGCCUCGUGGUGUCAUCACUAGCAGGCGGGGAACCGGUUGCCCCCGUUGUUUCUGUUAUUGCGUCAGCAGGGACAGAAGCAAUUGGCAAAGCAGAGGGACUGCCAGAGUUUGUGUCGACUGCGUCAGUGGAGUUGAUGGAAGAGAUGUUGCGCAUCAGUUGGUCGCAUCUUCCUGCUGAAGCGGUUGGGUCGUUAAGUGGUCAGGAUGAUCUUCUGCAACAAGCAUCUGAUCAUAUAUGGAUGAGCUAUGUAUGCGCAUUUGCUGCUAGGAGAGAGUAUGCAGCGGCUGUUCAUAACAGCUCUAAGAUGGUUGAACAGGCGGCCACGCUUGAGGAGGCACGUACAGGGAGAAGGGUGGCCGAAGCUAACCGCGACGUGCUUGCAGAGGCUGUAAAAAAGCUAGAAGCAGAGCUGGCAGAGGUGAAGGAGAAAGGGGCAUCCACUGAAGCAAAGUUGGUAGGGUCUGUCGAAAUAGAGAUGGAGCGUGACAAGCUGAAGCCAGAUUUAGUGACGAUGACCAACAAUUGGAUGGAGAAGAUCCAGUUCUGCGUGGAGCAUGAGAAGCGGAUGAAGGCGCUGAAUAACAUUAUCAAUGAUUUGUAGGAAGAUGUGGUGUCGUUGCAAACGGAUAAGGAGUUGUGGGAGAAGGAGAGGAAGGAGUUGCAACGGAAGGUGGAGGGGUCAGAGAUGAACGUUGCAAAUGUACGGAAGUAGAAGCUGGAGGCAGAGCUUCUGUUAAAUGCUAAGUUGAAGGAGAAAGAGGAGGUCAUAGCCAAAAGCAAGCGACAGUUGAAAGAAAUGACCGAGGUAUGUGAUGUAGAGACUGUCAUGAUGAUGGUAUAGUUGAAAUUUGUGUUUUAUGUAUUAAUUGCUCGACCAAGGUAUGUGAAGUUGUAUGUAACAAGUAACGUUAUGUGUGUCUCAAACAAAAAUGAGGAUGAAUGAUGUAAAUAACUGUAAAGUGAUAUUUAACAGAACGUGUUUUAUAAAUAAAACUGAUCUUUCGAUAA